ACCCUUUCAUAAAAAAAAAGUGCACCCUCUCAAGUUUCAGUUUCCAUAUAUUGGGUUCGGAAUUCGGAGUAUCUAACGUUGGUGUUUGUUUAUCAUCACUUCUAAAUUUUCGACAAGAAUCACCCAACAGAGAUGGAGGAAAGGAAUCAAUCGCGUUACGUGAAGCUGAAAAAAGAUCAGGUACCUUUGGAAGACAUCAAGCCUGGUGAACUGAAUCAGCCAAUUGAGGUUCCUCAGUUAGCUGUUCGCAAGUGCAUUGAAUGUGGACAGCCAUUACCUGAAAGCUAUGCACCUCCUGCUGAUGAGCCUUGGAUGACUGGGAUCUUUGGAUGUGCUGAAGAUAGGGAAAGCUGCUUGACGGGACUGUUUUGUCCUUGUGUAUUAUUUGGACGCAAUGUAGAAAGCUUGAGUGAAGAAACUCCUUGGACCGGCCCGUGCAUUUGUCAUGCCAUAUUUGUUGAAGGUGGCAUUGCUCUGGCAACAGCAACUGCACUCUUUAACGGUAUGAUUGACCCGGGGACAUCAUUUCUCAUUUUUGAGGGUUUAUUUUUUACUUGGUGGAUGUGUGGCAUUUACACUGGUCAGGUUCGGCAAAACUUACAGAAGAAAUAUCACUUAAAGAACUCGCCUUGUGAUCCAUGUUGUGUACACUGCUGCAUGCACUGGUGUGCCUUGUGUCAAGAGCACAGGGAGAUGAAGGGAAGGCUCUCAGACAGUGUUGCCUCAGAAAUGACCAUUGUAAAUCCUCCUCCCAUUCAAGAGAUGAAGUCUAAUGAUGACAAGGAGAUUCCUGAACCCUCUUCUGCCAAUAGCAAUGAACAUACUGAUUUGGAAAUGCAGGCUCUAUAGGGUACUUACUUUUGUUAAUAUGGAAAAGAAUAGUAUGUGUUUUAGAAUUUUGCUUGAUGGAGAGUUACAUUGGACCUGUAGAUCACAUAUAGACAACACUAUUUUCUACUUUCAAGUGCCAAA